AUGGCAUUAGAAGAAUUAUUUCAGGACGUUGGUGUGCCAACGCACAUGCACACGGACGGAGCGAAAGCGUUGACCACCGGACAAUGGCGUAAGGUCUGCCAAAGCUAUGGUCCGGUGAAACAGAUGGUAUCUGAACCACUGAACCCGUGGCAAAAGAGGGCGAAAGCGGAAAUCAGGGAAUUGAAGAAGCAGGUACUUCGAAUAAUGUCCCACAAGGGCAUUCCGCGACGCUUUUGGGAUUACGUGGCCGAGUACGUAUCGGAGAUUCAAUCUCGGACUGCACACCCUCUGUACAACUUGAAAGCCUGUGUGGUAUUGGGACCCUGGGGACUUUCCGGAGGAAAAGAAAUUGCUUGGCCGGUUGUUGGGUCCUGCUCAUCGAGUUGGACAGGCUUUUGCUGGAUUGUUCCCCAGUUGGGACGAGUAAUUGCACGGUCUAUGGUGCAGCCAGUUUCAGAGGAGGAGCGUGGAUUGGACAGCUUCAAGACUAGGUUGAAGGAUUUAGACAAGUCAGUCCAGGACUUCCUCAACAGGGGCGACACUCACGUGCCGGACGGCGGAGUUGGCUGGAAAGCCAAUUGUGUAACAGGAGUCCACCAUGCCGGAAGCUGA